CUCGUUGUUAUUGAAUUUCUGUGUUUACAGUCGAUCGGUGCGGCCAGUGGCGCGUUGUUCCGUUCUCAUCGCGUGCUGACAUCAUGAGGCCGAAGUCCGCCGACUCCGAGAAGUGCAAGAAGUACGACAGGCAGCUAAGGCUGUGGGGCGACCAUGGACAAGCAGCUCUAGAGUCCGCCCACGUAUGCCUCAUCAAUGCCACGGCAACUGGCACUGAAGCCUUGAAGAGCAUUGUACUCCCUGGUGUCGGCGCCUUCACGAUCGUCGACGGCCAUGCAGUGACGGCCGAAGAUGUUGGGAACAACUUCUUUUUGGACAGCGAUAGUAUCGGGAAGUCGCGGGCGGAGGCGGCUACCCGGCUUCUCGUAGAACUGAACCCCGACGUUCAAGGCGACUUCGUGGAAGAGACUCCCGAAAAUUUGCUGGAGCAAAACCCCGCCUACUUUUCCAACUUCUCUGCGGUCAUCGCGACUGGCUUGCAAGAAAAGACUUUGCUGGCUUUGGCUGCGAGGCUGUGGGACGCAAACGUGCCCCUCCUGGUGUGUCGUUCUUACGGGUUCAUCGGUUACAUGCGACUGCAGAUGAACGAGCAUCCUGUCAUAGAGACGCACCCUGACAACGACUUCGACGACCUCCGCCUUGACAGGCCGUUCCCCGCUCUGCGUGCUUUUGUCGACUCGAUUAACAUGGGUGAACUCUCGGACAAGGAGCACAGCCACACACCGUAUGUGGUCAUCCUUCUCAAAGCCCUGGACGAGUGGCGUCGGCAGAACGGGUCACAAACCCUUCCCAAAAGUAGUCAAGAAAAGCAGGCCUUCAAGGCCUUAGUUAAGGGUUGGAUAAGGGCCAAGGGAGACCGGGGAAGCGAGGACGAGGAGAACUUCGAAGAGGCUGUGAAGGCAGUCAACAAGUCUCUGACCCCCACGGAGGUGCCCCAUCACGUGAAACAACUUUUUGAAGAGGAAGCCUGCCUGAACAUUACCACGGAAAGCCGGCCGUUCUGGAUAUUGAUGCGUGCCCUGAAGGACUUCGUCGAGAGUGAAGGUAAAGGCGCCUUGCCUGUGCGGGGAACGCUCCCAGACAUGACAUCAGACACGGACCGAUACGUCAAACUGCUCAACAUCUACCAUGCCGAAGCAGAGAAGGACGUCAGGGCUGUUCAUCACAGGGUUCAGCAGCUUCUGACCACAAUUGGCAAGCCUGAAGGCUUCAUCACCGAAUCUGAGGUGAAAGUCUUCUGCAAGAACGCCCACACACUGCGUCUGGUUCGUGGUCGCUCCCUGGCUGCAGAGUACAAUGCCAAAGAGGCCCCCGUCAGCACCAUUUUGACGAGCCUGGAUUCCCCGGACAGCGAGAUAAUUUUCUACUUGAUGCUGAGAGCUGCCGACCAUUUUUACAGCCAGUACAAUCGCUAUCCGGGUUACUUUGAAGACCAGCUCGAGACUGACAUCAGUAAGUUGAAGGCAUCGCUGGGCCAAGUGCUUGAACAGUUGGGCUCUGGACCGGUUGCCAAGGACGACUAUGUCCACGAAAUGUGUCGGUAUGGCGCUGCGGAGAUUCACACUGUGGCAGCAUUCGUUGGCGGCUGCGCAGCUCAGGAAGUCAUCAAGCUGGUCACGGGACAGUACGUGCCAUUGAACAACACAUUUAUAUUCAAUGGCAUGACUACCACCUCGGAGACAUUUGUUUUGUAGCAGCCACAGGCUACUUUGACUCAGAAUUUAGGCAUGAUAUUUUCUCUUUUUUUUUGGCAAUGUGUUGUUCACAAACCCUGUUUUCUUUGUAAACUUUGUGUUGAGAUAAACUACAUGUGAAGGCAGUCAUUUUGACUUCCACCAGUGAAA